AUGGCAACUUUUAACCACGAAUUAGCAGAUCAUUACACCUUAUUAAUUCAGAAAUCUUUAGUUAACAGAAACCCACAAGUGGGGAAAUCUAUUCAUGCUCAAAUAAUCAAGUCAGGUGGUGUCCAUCUUGGUGUGUUCCUCAUUAACAAUCUGAUCAAUUUCUAUGCGAAAACCGGGUUUCUUGUACACGCACGUCAGUUGUUCGACGAAAUGCCUGUUAGAAACCCAUCUUCUUGGAACACCCUUAUUUCUGCUUAUGCGAAACAGGGAAAGAUUGAUUAUGCACGCCAAUUGUUUGUACAAAUGCCUAAACCUGAUUCGGUCUCAUGGACCGCGAUGAUGGUGGGUUAUAAUCAAAUGGGUCGUUUUGAAAGCGCUGUUAGAAUGUUUGUUGAUAUGAUAUCGGCUAAAGUAAUCCCCACCCAGUACACAUUUACUAUUGUUCUUGCUUCUUGUGCUGCGAUGAAAUCAUUGGAAAUCGGUAGGAAAGUUCACUCGUGUGUUUUGAAAGUUGGGCUUGGUAGUUAUACUAGUGUUGCAAAUUCUUUAUUAAACAUGUAUGCAAAGUCUGGCGAUCUGUUGACGGCUGAGUCUGUAUUUGGUAGCAUGAAAUUGAAGACCACAUCGAGUUGGAAUACUAUGAUAUCGAUGCAUAUGCAAUGUAAAAGGUUUGAUCAUGCACUUGCUCAAUUUGAGAAAAUGACUGACAGAAAUGUAGUUACAUGGAAUUCAAUGAUUUCGGGUUAUAAUCAGCACGGUUUCGAUAUUGAAGCUCUUGAUAUGUUUUCAAAUAUGUUGAAGAAUCCAAUGCUAAAGCCUGACAGAUAUACAUUGGCAAGUGUUUUAUCAGCCUGUGCAAAACUUAAUGACUUAAGUUCGGGGAAACAAAUUCAUGGUCACAUUAUCAGGACUGAAAUCGAUUUAUCAGGAGCUGUAGGUAAUGCAUUAAUUUCCAUGUACUCCAAGUUCGGUGAUGUGAAGAUAGCUCAAAAGGUUUUAGAACAAAAUAAGAUUUCGAAUCUGAACAUAAUAGCGUUUACAGCACUACUAGAUGGAUACAUUAAGCAAGGGGACAUGAAUGCUGCCAGAAAAAUAUUCGAUUCCUUAAGGAAUCUUGAUGUUGUAGCAUGGACUGCCAUGAUUGUUGGCUAUAUGCAGAAUGGAUUUAACAAUGAAGCAAUUGAUCUUUUUAGGUCAAUGGUCAAAGAAGGCCCAGAACCUAACAGUUACACUCUAGCAGCUAUGUUGAGUGUGAGUUCAAGCCUGGCUUCCUUAGACUAUGGCAAACAAAUCCAUGCUAGAGCCAUUAAAUUUGAAUCUGCACAAGAUGCUUCUGUAAGUAAUAGUUUGAUUAACAUGUAUGCGAAAUCUGGAAACAUUAGUAAUGCACAGCGUGUGUUUAAGCUUAUAAGUUGUAUAAAAGAUGCUGUUACAUGGACUUCCAUGGUCAUUUCUUAUGCCCAACACGGCCAUGGUGCGGAAUCCUUGGAAGUGUUUGAUAACAUGUUGAGUUUGAAUAUAAAACCCGAUCAUUUAACUUAUGUUGGGGUACUUUCUGCUUGCAUACAUAUGGGAUUGGUUGAAGAAGGCCGUCGGUAUUUCAAAUUGAUGCAAGAGAAACACAGGAUUGAACCCACAUUGAGCCACUAUGCUUGCAUGGUUGAUCUUUACGGGCGUGCAGGACAGCUUCAAGAAGCUUGGGAUGUCAUACAGAAUAUGCCGGCUGAACCUGAUGUUGUAGCUUGGGGUUCACUUUUAGCUUCUAGUUCUGUUUACAAAAACAUGGAUCUUGCAAAAGUUGCAGCAGAAAACCUGCUGCUAAUCGAACCUGACAACAGUGGGGCCUACUCGGCUCUAGCCAAUGUCUACUCUGCUUGCGGGAAAUGGGAGGAUGCUGAUUACAUUAGAAGAUCAAUGAAAUCUAAACAAGUGAAGAAAGAACAAGGGCUUAGUCGGUUUUAAAUAAGGAACCAAGUUCAUAGUUUUGGAGUUGAAGAUAAUGUUCAUCCAGAUAGAGAUAAUAUUGAAAUAUAUCAUAAUAUGGCAGAAAUUUAAGAAAUCAAAAAAAUAGGAUAUGUACCAAAAACGGAAGCGGUUUUGCAUGAUCUUGAUGAAGAGGUUAAAGAGCAGAUUCUCAUGCAUCAUAGUGAAAAACUGGCUAUUACAUAUGCGCUAAUAAUGAAGACUCCAAAGAACAGUAUUUUGAGGAUCAUAAAGAACUUGAGGGUUUGUAAAGAUUGUCACUCUGCCAUUAAGUUCAUUUCGAAACUUGUUGGUAGGGAAAUUAUUGUUAGAGAUGCUACUAGGUUUAAUCAUUUGAAAGAUGCUUCAGGUUCAUGUCGGGAUUAUUGGUAGGCUUGCUGCAAGUCUAUAACAUAGUGUAAACGAUGCACAUCUAGUAUUGUAGCUCAAAUAGAAAUGAACACGUACUGGUGACCAUACGGGUCUAGUCUGUACUUUUACGGUUUACCAAGGUCUAUAUCAGGCAUUUCAGUGCA